CUCCAAACAAAGAUCAAUGCAGUGCCAGGUUUACUGACCACAAUAAGUAUGAAAGGUGGGGGUGAAGGCACCAAAACAUCCGCGAUGCCAAGUAUAUAGUGCAGCUGUCAUUUAAAAGUGAAAAAGAAAACAUACUCAAAAGUGAUCGAAUACGGUGUUUCACUUAAAUCGUUUUUGGAUACGUUGCCCAUUAAGUGGGAAAAGAACAAGUCGGUAAAAUUGACAGCUCGCUCGAAAUAUGGAAGAGCAAAAGGAUCAAAACGAUCGCGUGGAGAGUAGAGAAUCGAGCGAGGCGGAAAGCGUCUCUCUGUCUCCACCUUUUCAGUCUCCACAAAUACAGCCCCGUCCAGCGGCACAGCAGCCGCACAGAAACACUAACUUUUUUAUUGAUAACAUUUUGAGGCCGGACUUUGGUUGCAAGAAGGAUAGGGAUCGAGCGCAGACGUCCGGCAGAGAAAACGUCAAUCCGCUAACGAGGCCGUCAAACGCAUCGAGUCUAAGUCCGGAUUCAGAUUGUAGUGACAGCUCUUCGCAGUCGUCCAAACAGUCUCAGCCAAAGCAAAACGAAAGCAAUGGAACUAAUUCGGCAAAGUAUCCAGAAAAUAGCAGCUCCGCGCUUCUGGUUGUAGCUCCCAAUGCAGAACCUGUAGCGAGCAGUGAUUCCAACAAAACGCCUCUAAUGUGGCCUGCCUGGGUUUAUUGCACUAGAUAUUCAGACAGACCAUCUUCUGGUCCGCGGACCAGAAAGUUAAAGAAGAAGAAAAGCGAGAAGGAGGACAAGCGGCCGCGCACUGCCUUCACAGCAGAGCAGCUGCAGAGACUCAAAGCCGAGUUCCAGGCGAACCGUUACAUCACCGAACAGCGCAGACAGACUUUAGCACAAGAACUCAGUCUCAACGAGUCACAAAUCAAAAUCUGGUUCCAGAACAAGAGAGCCAAAAUCAAGAAAGCCAGCGGCAUGAAGAACGGCCUGGCUCUCCAUCUCAUGGCACAGGGACUUUACAAUCAUUCGACCACUACAGUUCAGGAGGAGAAGGAGGAAAGUGACUGAAAUCGUUCCGUUCUACUAUACAGAGACUGAGAGAAAUAAAAGACUGUAACAGGUGCUAUUUAAAUUCAAUCUGCGUGUAUCUAUAUAGACUGAAUUAUAAUACGAACAUUUUAAAAUUAUAUAUAUAUAUAUAAAUAUAUAUAACCAAACACAGUAUGACGUUGUAUAUAUUUAAUUUCAGGUAAGGACAUGUCUAGUGCUCUCUACUUGGCCGAGAUUCUACCAUUUCUUUUUCAUUGUUGUUGCUAAUUGUUUUAGUAAAUGUCAGGUCUAAAGAUUUUAUGUGAAUCCCGUCUUUUUCUGGAAUUGUUCAGAAAUGCAGACACACUACGUAACGAACUGCCGCUACAUGCCAAAGAUUUUACUAUGUUCAGAAAUGAUGUAGCUUGAAAUAAAGUGUAGACUGUG